UGACAAAAUGGAACCCACCAGCAGUGUGAGGAGACCUGAAAGUGGCACAUGGCAGAGUGUGGCGAUGGAGACAGCAGCAAUGGGAGGCCGUACAGGGACCCAUGACACACUCUGGACCUGGCAGCAGCAUGAGGAGUCGGUACGGGGGCCCAUGGCAGAUUACGGGCCUGGCAGCAGCAAUGGGAGGCCCGUAAUCUGCCAGCACCCUAUGACAAAAUGGAACCCACCAGCAGUGUGAGGAGACGUGAAAGUGGUACAUGGCAGAGUGUGGCGAUGGAGACAGCAGCAAUGGGAGGCCGUACAGGGACCCAUGACACACUCUGGACCUGGCAGCAGCAUGA